CCUUGACUCGGUUACACGUCGUCAAAUAAUAAGAGUGUAAUUUACGCUUAACAUUUUAGUGGAUGACAUAACAGUGGAUACUCAUAAUGUGACUUAAGAACUUAACAUUAACAUUUCAUUGCACUGAAGUGAUUUAAUAAACUAAAAUAUUUUUGCAUACUAAACCUUAAAAGAACUGAAAAAAGGCUUUCUGUUUGUCACCAAAGUUUAUCACAUGGACUUAAAGCGAUUAAUUGAGUCGUAAUAGUUACUUUUAAUCAUUUCCGUGAUGGUAAUUUCACUUUCAGUACUGAAGUAGUGCUAGUGAGGGCCACUGUACGUCCGCCAUCUUUGUAGUCCGUUGCCACUUUUUACACGUUCAAGCCCCGCCGACUCUGCACUACCUUCUUGUCAAAGCUGACAAGGCUGUACUUGUGCUAACACCGCUCCGGCAGCCACGGUUGGAAGACGUGAUUUUCCACCAAAAAGUAUCGCUACAUACUCCUGUUUGCCAGUGGCCGUCCGGGGGCUCCUUGGACUUUAUGGUGACUCAUGGAGGACUUUGAUCGAAGACUCAACACCUUGUUUGGGUCAUGGCUGGGCCCCAGAGAUCAGCGGGUGCGGGGUUGGCUGCUGCUAGACAAUUACUCUCCGACCUUUGCCCUCACCCUGUUGUACCUUGUAGUCGUGUGGACCGGGCCCAAGUAUAUGAAACACAGGCAGCCGUACUCGUGCAGAGGCGCCCUCGUGCUUUACAACGCGGGCCUGACGCUCUUGUCCUUCUGCAUGUUCUACCAGCUUGUUACUGCUGUGUGGCAAGGAAGCUAUGACUUCUACUGCCAAAACACACACAGUGCACAGGAAUCUGAUAAUAAGGUCAUGAAUGUCCUGUGGUGGUACUACUUCUCUAAGUUUAUUGAGUUCAUGGACACCAUCUUUUUCAUUCUGCGGAAGAACAAUCACCAGAUUACCUUUCUUCAUGUCUACCACCACACCAGCAUGCUCAACAUCUGGUGGUUUGUCAUGAACUGGCUCCCCUGUGGCCACUCGUACUUCGGCCCCUGCCUCAACAGUUUUGUCCAUGUGGUCAUGUACUCCUACUACGGCCUGUCUGCCAUCCCCGCAAUGCGGCCGUACCUCUGGUGGAAAAAGUACAUCACACAGCUGCAGAUGAUCCAGUUUGUAUUAACAGUGUUGCAGACGAUGUGUGCCGUCAUAUGGCCAUGUGGUUUGCCCUUAGGAUGGCUCUACUUCGAAAUAACUUACAUGCUCACCCUUGUGAUGUUUUUCUCCAAUUUCUACUUCCAGACAUACAAGAAACACAAGAGGGAUGAGGAUGGCUCACCGCUGAUGGCUCACCACACAAACAGGACGCCAUCGCAGGAACUCAAUGCCCACAGCAAAGACAAACUGAGAACAGACUGACAUCUGAGAGGCUCUGUUGUCACUGUAGCUUGUUGGCUUAAGCUGUUAGGAGACAUUUUUCUAUUGUAUUAUUGGCGUCACAGCAAGCAUCUCAUUAUUUCAGUACUUUAUUUAAACAAACAAACAUUUUGACUGAUCUCAGGAGGCUUUCCAUGUACACAUGAAAGCUCCUGUGCGCUUGAUGGAAAUUUUAAGCAGGCGACAUUUACUGUAGGAUCGUCCUUGAUGUGUGUAACAAGAGCACGUUUCUUGUGUCCUCCCUGGCUAUGCUGUUGCAUAAUCCCUAAAUACUCUGUCCUCUGCAGGGAGAGACACAAGAUGCAUAUCGUGCAAUAUUGAUAUUAAGCCAUUUAGUCCCCAAAAAGUGUUAAAUCCCUUCGAACUCCCUCUUUAAUGGGACUUUAGUUUAUUCAGAAAAGCGGUACGUUUAUUAGAGAAUAACAUCACGCUCAUGCAUAUCAGCUGUUCAUCAUGAGAUAUUAGCUCAAUAGAAGUUCAUCCUGGUCAUUAGCCAAUGUGUUCUAUAUACGGUAUCAUCAUGGACCUGUUUUAUUUGGUUGCUAAUGUCACCACAUUCACGAUGGUUUACUCUGUGCCUAAAUUUCAUUUAUGACAUCAGCAGUGGACAGUAAUUAACUACUUCAUUUAAGCGUUAUUUUUGAGUGUAUGUGAUGACGUAUUGUUGUUGCUUUUAUUACUAUACAGAUGGGUAGACAGACUCUUUUCAUGCAGGAAGUCUCACCUACAUCCAGCUUGCAAAGCAAAAAAUCCAACUGGUGCUUUUCUAUCUUGCAGGUGCUUUAGAAUGACACAUUUUAUGUUAGUGCAGUGCACUGGAGCUUUGAAACAUUAAAAAAUUGUACAUG